AGGGCCUAAUGGAAAAAUUUUGGAAUAAUAUUAACAAAAGAUACAAAAUUGCAGCGAUCCAGCUCAACGCAUGGCAGAUACGGACUCGAGGCGUUUGCCGCGCUGGUGGUUCGGUGGAGUCUGUUCGUCGAUCGCGAUAACCGUGACUCAGCCGCUGGAUCUGAUCAAGGUGCAGCUGCAGACCCAGAGCCCUGGCAAAAUCAAGCCGGCCAGCCAGAUCAUCGGCAACAUCUUCAGGCAGCAUGGCGUGGCGGGCUUUUACAGUGGCAUCAGUGCCGCCUGGUUCCGCCAGCUGACCUAUGCGACAACUCGGUUCGCCCUCUACGAAACCGGCAAGAAAUACGUGGAUGCCAGGAACAUGAGUGGCAAGAUGGGCCUGGCCGUCUUCGCCGGAACGGUCGGCGGCUUUGUAGGCGUUCCCGGAGACGUGGUCACAGUGCGCCUGCAGAACGACGGCAAGUUGCCCCCAGAAAAACGACGUAACUAUAAGCACGUCUUCGAUGGCCUUAACCGCAUCUACAAGGAGGAGGGAGGGAGGAGUCUCUUUCGCGGCGCUCUUCCAGCCAUUUCGAGGGCCGUGCUUCUGACGAUCGGCACCAAUGCCGCCUACGACCAGGUGAAGCAGAUGCUCAAGUCCACCACCGGAGCACGCGAUGGCCUGCCACUGCACUUCCUGACGUCCACGAUAGCCGGAUGCAUUUGCACGGUGUUGACGCAACCACUCGACGUGAUCAAAACCACGUUUAUGAACGCCGCGCCGGGACAGUUCUCCGGGAUCGGAGCAGCCUGCCUCAGCAUCGCCAAGCAGGGUCCACUGGGCUUCUACCGCGGCUUUAUCCCGGCCCUCAUUCGGGUCAGUCCCAACACGAUCAUGACCUUCAUGCUCUACGAACAGGCGCGAAUGAGAUUCGGCUACCUGCCGAAUGAUGAUGAUGAAAAGUAAUGCCCCAAUCCGAAAUCAUUUGGAAACUGCUUGGAAUCCUUUUUAACCAUUUUCUAAAUUCAACUCAUAUUUUAUGUACUCCUUCUGUACAUUUCCAACCCAUUGAAGUGGAGAUAAUCCGCAUCUAAUAAGCUGCCACUGUGCUCGUUAGACCGCUGGACCAUUGGAUCGGAGACCGCGAACGGCGGACCGCUGACCGCUGGUCAACCGGCGCUGGGGGGUCAACGAAUGCCGCUCACGGUUUGUAAAAUUUGCAUAUGCAUAUGGGAAUUUCCGAGCAACUAACUAAGCCCGUGGGCAACCAAUCCGCGGCGGUUAGUUAAGCCGGCUGCACACUCCCCUCGCGUAAUUAGGAAGCGGGGUUAGCAAGGUGCUGGGGUCGCAACCCCGAACUCCGAAGUCCAAGCCCAAAACCGCAGGAGAAACGGGAUUUUUUCGGGAAAAACUGGAAACCAUGCGAGCCCAGGAUCUUGUCGGCACUCCAGAAACAUAAACCUUGAAAGGGAAACUGCAUAAUAAAGGUAGCAGGGUUAAAAUAUA